AUGGACCCUGGUAUACCUUUGUGCGACAUGUCCGUGCACCGCCCCAGAAUCAUGGAUGCGCCCGCCUCGUAUCAAAUCAAGACCAAAUGCUCUCUUGGCUCAAUCUUUACCAGCAACCUUUGUCUCCGGGAGGGCAUCCCAAAGUCAGCAAACCACCUCAAGCUAUGCACCAUUCAGCAACAGUUCUCCACCAACGUCUACAGCAUCAACAACUUCCCAAUCUACGAAAAACUUACAUACCUCUCACGAUCAGAUGAACAAGCUCGACCCAAUAUCGAUGAUGCGCGUGCUCCCUUCAUGGAUAUCCAGGCUUUGCCAACGAAGCGUCGUCAUAGACGCCUGUCAAUGUUCGUUGCGUCGAUGCAGGUGGUGAAAACAGGCAAGUUCAGUCGCAAGCAUGGAUGCCCUAUUUCCUUCAAAGCUCGCAGUAUGACACCCUACAAGCCGAAAGCACUGCCGUUUAAGCCUAAUUCUAUUCAAAGGUCUAACGCUCCCAGCCGUCGAUUCCUAUGUCAGUCCCAGGCUCCGCUUUCUCUUCGUAUUGGGGGAAAAAUCCAUGCACUGCCCGCUCUCCGGUCAUCCGAGGCAUAUCAGUACCUGCUGUGUCGCACCGUUUGUAGAAAUGGCCUGGAUACUGGCAGUGGCGCUGAUUCUACAGAGGCGUCAAGUCAUGGUAACCAUGCAACCGAUUCCACCGGAAAGAGGGCUGAAGGAGACGGUGGAUCAAACCAAGGCUCCGACUCGGGAAAUGGGGAUGGCAAUGGAGGGACUGAUGAGAGUAUCGGUGGUGGUAACGGUGGAGAGAGCGGCGAAGGUCCAGGCGAUGGUCAUGGUGACGGCAGCGAAGGCAAUGGAGAGGGUGGGGAUAGAGAAGGAGGGUCCAAAGACGCUAAAGAAGGAGAGGAGGCAGAUGGAGAGGACGAAGAGAAGGAUGGAGACGAAAAAAAGAAUGAGAAGGAGGAUGACAACGGAAACCCAGGCGUAGAGGGGAUGGACGAUGUUGAAGUCGUCGACGCCAAUGAUGAGCACCAGGCGGGUUCCUUUGUGUAUGAGGACGCGCCAGACUACGAAGUCGCUGUACCUACGCCCGUUUUCCCUGUCAUUACCGCGACUCAAAUGUUCGGCACCACUGGCGACAGUCCAGAAGCCGUGAACAUCUAUAUCGAUUCCCCACCGCAAACGAGUACAUUAGAUUUUUCUGGCAUUCACUUUGAACCGCCUAGUCUUGAACUACAACGCGACCAUCUUCCAGAGACGACUCCCCACGACGAAUUCACUCCGUCCGCUCCUUCCACCCUCGGAAAUGCCGAGGAGCGGCGCAUCGCUAGACAGCUCUUGCAAGAGAAACUCGACGAAGCCCUGGCUCUCGCAUUGCAUCAAAGCUACGAGCGUCGUCGUGAACACAACAGCAAGAGCCUGUCAAAACGCGAUCGUAACGAUGAAGAAGCCGUAUCCGAUACCGCUAGCGCCGAGAAGCAAGUCAGCAAGAAAUCCAAAAACAACGCUACCGACGCAGCUUCCUUGAGCGACGAACAGUACGAUUUCGAAUACGAGGACUCUGACCAAGAGCAGUCUGUACAGGACGCAAAUGACGAUACCGGAAUCGAGGUCCCCACAGCACUAAAGUUUUCCAGGUCCCGUUCCGUGUCCCCUCAAGCAGGACCACAAGACCACCACAGCGCGAACCAACAAGCCUAUUGGGAAAUGCGGCCCUCAGAGGCAGGAUCCGGUUCUCAAGCCUCGACCACGGAGCUUGUUCAUGAGCUGCCUGCAGCGAAUAUUGAAUGGCACGAGCAAGAAGCGCGUGAGACCGACGAUGUACAAACCUCUGUCUUUGAAGCACCUCAGUCCGCGCUCGAUCUCUUGGCCAUAGUGUCGGAGCAACGUCCCCAUCUCGAACUCUCGACGCCGCAACCUCAAGGAACCGAACGCCGUACAUCUCUACCGGCUGUUGUCGAGCCUCCUGCAUCCCAAGAGACGAGUCAGAGCACGGCGGGAACGAAACGCAAGUCUCCGCCUCCCGAACCAUCUUAUUCUUCCGAAACUCCAGCUCCAGCUCUAGCUCCAGCUCCGGCUCCAGCUCUGGCUCAAGCAGCGCCCCCUGCGCAACGAACACGUUCUGCAGCGCCUCUAAGAUCGAGUUCGACGCGGAAAGAAUCUACAUUAUCGGAGAAAAGGCCGACGUCUUCAGAGGAAAAGCCCACGUUAUCGGAAAAUAGGCUCGUGUUAUCGACUAAAAGACCUGUAUCGUCUCAGAGAAGAUCGACGUCGUCGACGAAGAGACCCAGUACAUCGGAGAAAAAACCUGUAGGCUCACAAUCAUCUGCUCCAACCGGUUCUGCUGCAUCAGUCAGAAGAAGUUCGCGUCUUGCGGAUAAAAUGGCCAUGAAAGAGUUCGAGGCAAUGAAGGCGCAGAUGCAGGGCCAAGAAGUUGAUGAUGAAGGUCAAGAAGAAGAAGGCGCCGGAAAGGAAAAGGGAAAAGAAAAGGGCAAAGUCAUCCUAUUGAACACAUCCACCUCAGGCAUCUCUCCACAAUGCCAAUCGUACUCUGCAAGCCGCUUGACGAUGCACCUGUCAACCCAGUCGAAAGCCCAGUUGAAGACCCAGCUGAAGACCCAGUUGAAGAUCCAGUUGAAGACCCAGUUGAAGACUCAGUUGAAGACCCAGCUGAAGACCCAGUUGAAGACUCAGUUGAGGGCCCAGUUGAAGGCCCAGUUGAAGACCCAGUUGAAGGCCCAGUUGAAGACCCAGUUGAAGACCCAGCUGGAGACCCAGUCGAAAAUUUAG